AUGUCGUCAUGGAACGACGCUUGGGAUCGUGGCAAACAAAUGGUUGGAGACCCGAUUGCAAAAAUGACCGCAGCUGCAUCAUCGGUCACCUCGUCUGCAGCUUCUCCAGCUCCUCCCCAACAAAUGCAAGAAGAAGGAAAUGAGAACCCAAUGCGAAUGCAUUCCAACAAAGUUCUCCAAUUUAUGGAGCAAACUUGGAUCGGAAAGUGUAGAAAACGUUGGCUUCUAGCCAUUCUUGCCAACAUGGGAUUCAUGAUUUCAUUCGGAAUUCGAUGCAAUUUCGGUGCAGCUAAGACGCAUAUGUACAAGAAUUAUACAGACCCAUGGGGCAAAGUUCAUAUGCACGAAUUCAACUGGACAAUCGAAGAGUUGAGUGUGAUGGAGAGUUCGUACUUCUACGGCUACUUGGUCACUCAGAUUCCCGCUGGCUUUCUCGCUGCAAAGUUUCCUCCGAAUAAAUUAUUUGGAUUUGGAAUCGGUGUCGGUGCUUUCCUGAAUAUCCUUCUUCCGUAUGGUUUCAAAGCAAAAAGUGACUAUCUAGUGGCAUUUAUUCAAAUUGCUCAAGGACUUGUUCAAGGAGUAUGCUAUCCCGCAAUGCAUGGUGUCUGGAGAUAUUGGGCUCCUCCGAUGGAAAGAUCUAAACUCGCGACGACUGCAUUCACUGGUUCUUAUGCUGGAGCUGUACUUGGUUUACCCCUCUCCGCCUUCCUGGUUUCGUACGUCUCAUGGGCGUCACCGUUCUAUCUUUAUGGAGUCUGUGGUGUCAUCUGGGCUAUUGUUUGGUUUUGUGUUACAUUCGAGAAGCCAGCAUUCCAUCCAACUAUAUCACAAGAGGAAAAGAUUUUCAUUGAAGACGCAAUUGGCCAUGUAUCGAACACACAUCCUACUAUCAGAUCGAUCCCUUGGAAAGCCAUUGUCACUUCGAAACCUGUUUGGGCUAUCAUUGUUGCAAACUUCGCUCGUAGUUGGACAUUUUAUCUUCUUCUCCAAAAUCAGUUGACCUACAUGAAGGAAGCGUUGGGAAUGAAAAUUGCUGAUUCCGGUCUCCUCGCAGCGAUUCCUCAUUUGGUGAUGGGAUGUGUCGUUUUGAUGGGAGGUCAACUUGCCGAUUACCUCCGUUCGAAUAAGAUUCUCUCAACAACUGCAGUUCGAAAGAUAUUCAAUUGUGGAGGAUUCGGAGGAGAAGCUGCUUUCAUGUUGAUUGUUGCCUACACAACAAGUGAUACAACUGCUAUAAUGGCUCUGAUUGCUGCCGUCGGAAUGUCUGGAUUCGCCAUUUCAGGAUUCAACGUGAACCAUUUGGACAUUGCACCCCGUUACGCCGCCAUUCUAAUGGGUUUCUCAAAUGGAAUUGGUACACUUGCUGGAUUGACAUGUCCAUUUGUGACAGAAGCAUUCACUGCUCACUCUAAACAUGGAUGGACAAGUGUUUUCCUUUUAGCAAGUCUCAUUCAUUUCACUGGAGUCACUUUCUAUGCAGUUUAUGCAUCUGGAGAACUGCAAGAGUGGGCGGAGCCGAAGGAAGAAGAGGAGUGGUCGAAUAAGGAAUUGGUGAAUAAAACUGGAAUUAAUGGGACUGGAUAUGGUGCAGCUGAGACGACUUUCACUACUCUUCCAGCUGGAAUUGAGGCUUCUUAUCAGGCACAACCAACUGCACAAGCUCCCAACCCGACAAACCCCUUCGCAACCGCUUGGGACGAUCACGGCGCUUCUUCUGGAGUCGUCGAGAAUCCACAUUAUCAACAGUGGUAG